AUGUACAGUUUAAUUUUCAGGCGCCUGAACUCGACGGCUGCGCUGCCGGCCGUGUCGAGCAGACAGCUGAUUUCGCCGAUGGCUAUUCCAGCCCUCAAAAGUGUGGCUCCGCUCCCUUUCAAGAGCCCAGAGGCCAAAAGACAGCGCAAGAGACUCCUCGACAGGCCGGGUCUGAUCGGCGUCAAGCGCGGCAUGACGCAGUUCUACAGCAGAAACGGUGACCGCGUCCCCGCCACUGUUCUGGAAAUCGACCAGGUGGAAGUUGUUUACAACAAAACUCUCGACAAAAACGGCUACUACGCUGUGCAGGUUGGAUACGGACACAAGCUGAAAAACCAGACAAAGGCCAUGUUGGGACACUAUAGAAACGCCAAGGUGUCGCCCAAGGAGACGCUUGCUGAGUUCGAGGUGAAGGAUGAGAACGGACUCGUUCCUGUUGGCUCGCAGCUGAAAGCAGAUCAUUUCAAGCCAGGACAGUUUGUGGACGUUAUUUCGAAAAGCAAAGGUAAAGGGUUUUCUGGUGUGAUGAAAAGAUGGAACUUCUCGGGUCUCCCGGCCACGCACGGUACGUCUCUGGCCCACAGAAGCGCUGGUUCCACCGGUAUGAACACCACGCCUGCCAGAGUGCUGCCUGGCAAGAAGAUGGCGGGACAUCUGGGAGACGAGUGGAACACGAUCUUUAACCUCGAGGUUCUGGACGUGAACGCUGAAAAGGGCUACAUACUUGUCAAGGGGUGUGUUUCUGGCUCGAACGGGUCGUACGUGGAGAUCAGAGACGCUCUGAAAAAGUAUGGGUCGCAUAUAUUGCAGGAUAAAUAG